GCUAUCCGGAAAAUUCUUUGGGGGUGUCCUCAUUUAGGAUUCUAAAGAAUUUUAAAUGAUUGAGAUUUUAAUGGAAUUGAAUCGGAUUCUAUAGAAUCUGCGAAAUUGUACUGGAAUUCCAUGAAAUUGGAAUCCUCCCUCCGACUCGGAUUUUGGGUGAUUUUUCAAUAAACCCUCAUUCACUUCUACGAAGAAGGAAAUGACCCCAGCCUUGUCGCCAUUACUACGAAGUCAGGUCGGUGACGCCUACCAAGCCUUCUCAGCUUCUUGUCACGUAUGUGGAGAUGUGCAAUCCAAGAAGGAAACGAACCGAAGCGGCAAUAUAUAUUCGACGAGUUGGAAUUGUCGGACUGUAAUCCUUGAUUCCGGUGGCAGUGAUUGAGCAAGCGAGCUCGUCAGAUCCCUCCGUUGCAUCUGCUUUGCUUUGCUUUGCUACUCUACGACAACUCCAUUGAAAUCCAGAGGUUAAGAAGAUAUUUUUGUUACUAAUCAAGUUGUUCAUAUCAGAAGAUUAGAAUGGCUUUCAAAAAUAUUCAUCUUGCACUAGCCAAGACUUUUGGGCUGGAAAGAUUUAUAAAGAGAGGUGGAAGAAAUAAGCAGAAAGGUGAGAGUGGUAGUGUGAAUCACAAGAGGAGGAGGCCUCCUUCAUGGAUGACGCCGGCAGUAUCGCAUGGAUGCCAUACGGUGGAGAGAAGAUCGCCGGCCGCCACCGGCAGUCCGGAGGUGGUGGUGCAGCGGGAGCAGGGGGAGGAGGGGUGCGAGUGGUGGUUCUAUGGAGUUUUUCAUGCUCGGAUUGGCGCUGGACUUACAGAUCACAAAUGAGGCGUAAGAGCAAGCAAACAAUGAAGAAGGCACACCUCAGUGCAAGAGCGAAGAUCAUGAUGGACGCAACAGCAGAGGAGGACCCCUGCAACCUCGGUUCAGCAUCUGCGAUUGUGAUCAACGGGGAACGGCUUGUGAUCGCGAACAUGGGCGAUUACAAAGCUGUCAUCUGCAAAGAUGGUGAGGCCUUCCCAGUUGGUGGUACAAGGCCGCGCUGGCAGAAGAUGAACCACUGGUCCUGUAAAUUGUUUCCAGGAUCUAGAAAGCAGGCUGGUGCUUUCAAGGAUUCUAGAAGCUCGCAAAUUGCUGUCAUGUCGGAAAGAAUAUAUGGCACCACUGAACUUGUCAUCCUCGCAAGUACUGGAGUGUGGGAGGUUAUGAAGGAGCAAGAGGCUGUGAACCUGAUUAGACACAUAGAGGACCCACAAAAAGCAGCUGAGUGUUUAGCAGAGGAAGCUUCAACCAGGAUGAGCAGAAGCAAGAUUGCUUGUUUGAUCAUUCGAUUUGACUGAAGCUGCAAAACAUCAUUCCUAAAGAGGGAAAGUGUUUAUCCAAGUCGUGCCAUGGUACAUGAUGCGCGAGGCACCGGCUAUCCCUUGCAUGCGCAAACAGAAUUUCUAGGGGAUUUAUUGUCCAAAACAACAACUAGUUUCAAGCAGAAUCCGUUCCAGAAUUGAUUGCAAUCAACAUUAUAAAAAAGCGCUUGGUCUAUGACCAAUUCGGAGCUACGCGGGAUCUAGAUGAAAAUUGAAAUUAUGUUGACUACAACUUUGAUAAAAAUAAAAUAAACAAAUUCUCUCUACAAAUAUGAAACUCAGUCCAGUUUAUGCCUCCAGUCUAUUAGGAGUCAGAUAUAUUCUUUAUGCCAUCAAAUUCAAUACAAACAAAUAAAACCAUAAUUCU